UCUUGAAUUACUAUUUUUCCUACCAAUAAUACAGAGUAUUAAUAGUGAAAAUAGACAGUACAGUGAUAGAUACAUUUUUGUGAUCAAGAAUGGCUAAUAGUUGUAAAGUUUUCAGUACCCUUUUAGCCAUUUUUGCAGUACUAGCCACUGUUGCAGCUGUUUCUGCUGAUUCAGCAGAAAAUGAAGGACAAAAGGUAGUGGCAGAGGAGCAGGAGUUUGUUUGGACUUUGGACCAUACAAAUUAUUCUGAUAUUAUUUCUCGACACAAAAUGAUUGUUGUUGAGUUCUAUGCCCCAUGGUGUGGAUAUUGCCAGCAACUUACCCCUAAGUACGAAGAAGCAGCUUCAGUGUUGAGUAGUCAUGAUCCUCCAGUUAUUCUUGCUAAAAUGGAUACAACAAUUCCAGAAAAUGCAGAACUUGCAAGAAAUUACACACAUAAUGGUGUUCCGAGCAUUAAGAUAUUCCGGAAUGGUGGCAAGACAGUUCAUGAUUAUAAAGGUACUCGUGAGACAGACGGUAUAAUCUCAUAUUUGAAAAAACAUGCCGGCCCUGCAUCUCUUGAAAUCAAAUCAAAGGAAGAUGCCGCAAGCCUUAUUGAUGAGAAAAAGAUUGUUGUUGUUGGCAUAUUUCCAGAACUCUGUUUAGAGAAGAUAAAGAACUUCACAGCUUUAGCUGAAGAUUUACGAGUAGAUUACGACUUUGUUCACACACUGGAUGCUAAAUUCCUCCCUCACGGUGGACCGGUUGAUAAGCCAACUAUUCGUCUAUUUAAGCCAUUUGAUGAACUCUAUGCUGAUUUCGAGGAUUUUCAAGUUGAGGCGAUGCAGAAUUUCAUUGAAGAAACUAGCGUUCCGAUCAUGGCUAUUCUUGAUGACAAGCCAGAAAACCAGGCAUUUGUUAACCACUUUUUGCAUAGUCCCGGGGAUAAGGUAUUUCUAUUUUUGAACUUCACUACGGAUCUUGAUCUUUUCAAGUCCAAAUACUAUGAUCUUGCCGCCAGUUACAAAGGAAAGGAAGCGAACUUCCUCUUAGGAGAUGCUGAGACCGGUAAAAGAGCCCUUGAGUAUUUUGGAUUGAACACUGAUCAAGUGCCUUUGAUUUUCGUACUUGCCAUGGACGGCACAAAAUACGUUGAGCGACACGUACAACCUGAUAGCCUUGCAGCUUGGUUGAAGGAUUUUAAGGAUGGCAAGUUGAAACCAUACUUGAAGUCGCAGCCUAUUCCGGAAGUCAAUAACGAACCUGUCAAGGUGGUGGUUGCGGAGACUCUAGAGGAUAUGGUUUUCAACUCGGGGAAAGAUGUACUGCUAGAGUUCUAUCGACUUGGUUGUAAAUACUGUGAGGAAUUUGCUCCGGUCUUGGAUGAAAUCGCGCUCUCAUUUGAAAACGACGCUCAUGUCCUAAUUGCUAAGAUUGAUGGAACGGAAAAUGAUAUACCUCGUGAACGAUUUGAAGUUCAAGGAUUCCCAACAUUAUACAUGAUAUCUACAGCUGGUAGUUUGUCGCGAUUCGAGGGGAAUAGAACAAAAGAGGCUGUUAUUGAAUUUAUCCAGACUAAUAGGGGUAGCCCUGCCCCCUCAAACUUUGCAAAAUCUGAUUUAACAGUAUCAGAACAUGCACAAACAGAUUCAAUGAAAGAUGAGCUAUAAGAAGGUUUAUAGGACUCAACAUGAUCAAAUUUCUGCUUCUUUUGUCUACAAAUGCUAUGUUUUCUUUCACACAUCCAAUUAGCUAGCCCUACAUCUCCGAUAUGAAAGAAGUUAGGAUUCAUGUCGUCGAUCCCAACUUUUUUGGGACUGAGAUAUAGUUGUUGUUGUUGUCGUUGUCUCCACUUUUUUCUUUUUCUUGAUAGCAAUAAGCGGGUUGUAUUUGCCUCAUCCUAUGUAUUCCACGCAGUUGUCUCAAUUUAGUGGCAAUUGUCAAUAUCAAUAAACAUUGCGCAGUUUCUAGUCUUUGCAUA